GGACACAGAUGGUGUGACACCGUCCGACAGCAAAAACAAGCCGGUACGUUUAUGAAUGACUGAAAACGGCUACAGCCGAACGAAUCUAAAGGUACACAGCAAAGAUUAAAACUGUCAGAAUAGCAGGCUAAAAACAAACAAACAAAUGAAACAAAGCAGAACAGACAAUAAUUCACACAAAAGCGCAAUAACAGGUUUAACCGCGUCUGUAAACGAGUCCGUUUUCACGUAGACCGGUCCGCGCCAUGCACGCGGAGUUUCGGCCUCCCCGAAGACGACCCCGGGUUUAUGAGGAGUACCAGGCUCCGCUACCGGUGAACCAAAACCGGGGGGAAACCAUCCACUUCCGAGCCGACCUCAUCAACCAGCACGUCCUGGUUCGGGAUCCAGAUCACAUCCAGAGCAUCUACAGCCAGGGUUUUUUUCGGGAAAGGCGUCUUCUCCAGAGCCGACCGGACCACAGCUCUUCAGCCAAAGUGAACCAGGGUCACCUUCUGCCUGUCGUCUCACAGAGCAGGUAUGAAGACCUGCUCAGGUGGGCGGGGCGAGCUCUGUCUGCUCAGGGAUUGGACGAAGAAUCUGUCAGUCAAAGGUUGCUCAAACUUGCUGAGCCUGUGACACUGGAGGAGAUGAGAUGGGAGGUGGGGCCAGGAGAGAACGGCCAAAUGGGUAAAGAGGAGGACAGAGAGGGGGCGGAGACUGCACCAGGUGGUGGUGGAGUCAGCUCAGGUGUGGACGAAUCAGAGAUGGAAAUAGACUGCAAGUACAGAGAGCAAGAACUGAACCCUGAACCAGAUCCUGAGUCUGCCUCUGAUACAGAACCAGAUUGUGGUCUUGUGGUUCCAGGUCAGGGUUUUGUCCUGGUGCAGGGGGACCUCAUUCAGAUCCGACGAACUCCGUUCUCUCUCACUGAGUAUCUGCAACUCAGUCUGGAGGAGGCGUUCUUUCUGGUCUACAGUCUGGGCUGCCUGUCUGUCUACCUGAACCAGGAGCCCCUGUCAGUCAUUCAGCUGUGGCAGACAUUCCGGUCCCAGCGUCCAGACUUCGUCAGCUCGUACUCUGCCUAUCAUCACUUCCGCAGCAGGGGGUGGGUCCCUAAAGGAGGGAGCGGGGCCAAGUAUGGCGUUGACUUCAUGUUGUACAGGAAAGGCCCACCUUUCUACCACUCCAGUUUCUCAGUUGUUGUCGAGAGGGCUGGUGAUGCCUUCAGGGGCUCAGCAUUGCGUCCGUUUUCGUGGCGCUCUCUGGCAGCUCUCAGCAGGAUCACUGCCAACGUUUCCAAGGAGCUGAUGUUGUGUUACGUCAUCUACCCGACUGACCUAUCAGAGGCUGAGCUGGACUCUCCAGAGUGUCUGAGCAGGCUGACCGUUCAGGAAGUGAUCGUCAGCAGGUGGGUCUCCUCCAAAGAACGAGCCGAACAAGAUGACUUCUGAUUGGCUUCGAGGAGGCUGGGCGGGGCCACUGCGCAGAUGGAGAAAAAUCUGACAUAACAUGGCUUGUUGAUGCAUGAUUAAUGAUGCUAAAAAACAACAACUGUUCAUUUAUAUCUUUAUCCAGAAAUAAAUGGGAUGUUAAGACUAAAUGAACCUAAAACAUUUGUGGGUCAGCUUAUAAAAUUAUUCAUGUAUUUAUUUACAAAAAUAAUAAAAAUAUCCUGAAAUGUG